GUCAAAUUCAAUUUAAACACCAAAUCAAACCAAUCUUUUUUUCUUCUGAUUCCAAAGCUUCGGUGUGAACUGUUCAAAAGAUCCUUCUCAGAUUCAAUUCAACAAAUCAAAACAAAAUCUCACAAACCAAAUGCAAAACUCUACUGAAUCUUCUCCAGCUUCCCCCGGGCCGGUGGACCCGGUGCCGUUCCUCCCUCAAAGCCGCCACGUCGCCCGCCGUGUGCCACUACGAACAGCGACGAGGUUCUUCCGACGCGCGAGCGGGCGGCGUCUUAUGCUGGGAGAGGCUUCGGUGCGCGUGCGGGAAGCAGCCGCGGCCGAGGUGGAGGAGCGGCAGAGCGAGUGGGCGUACUCGCGGCCGGUGGUGGCGGUGGACGUCCUAUGGAACACGGCGUUUCUGGUGAUCGGCGCGUCGGUGCUGUGGCGGAGCGCUGCGGAGGAGCCGAGCGUGCCUCUCAGGACAUGGAUUUUGGGGUAUUUGGUGCAGGGAAUGAUCCACUCUCUCUGCGUCCUGGUUGAGUUCCGAAGGAGAAUGACGAGUGGGACCAAUUUCAGUUCCAAUGUGCCAAACCAUGUUGAAUGGAGCUUCACUUCUGAAAGUGACCAAGAGUUUUAUUAUUACGAACCCUCUCUCCAGGGUGAUGAAAACUGCAUCAUAAAAUACAUAGAGUCGGCAAAUACCAUGCUUUCAUUCAUAUGGUGGACUGUUGGAGUCUACUGGGUAACUCUUGGUGGCCAGAGUCUGACAACGGAUGCACCUCAGCUUUACUGGGUCUCUAUCGCAUUUCUUUCUUUCGACGUUGUCAUUGUACUGAUCUGUGUCGCUGUUGCAUGCCUUAUUGGUAUUGCUGUUUGCUGCUGUCUACCAUGCAUCCUUGCUCUCCUGUACGCAGUGACAGAUCAGGAAGGGGCAACGAAGGAAGAGAUUGACCAGUUGCCAAAAUAUAAGUUCAGAAUAAUAAAAGAAGGUGAUAUUGAAGAAUCUUCAAGAGGAAUAAUGAUCGAAUCUGAGAGUGAGACAGCCACAGAACAUGUUGUUGCCUUAGAAGAUGCAGAAUGCUGUAUCUGUCUCUCUCCAUAUGAUGAUGGUGCUGAAAUCAGAGAACUUCCUUGCAACCACCAUUUUCAUUGCGCAUGCAUAGACAAAUGGCUGCUAAUCAAUGCUACCUGCCCUCUCUGCAAGCUUGAUAUUUUGGUUGGUAACCACCAUCAUGAAGUUUGAACAGGUUCCUUUUUUCAUUGCAUUGAUUAGUAGGAAAACAGAGCCCUUUUGACAUCGCUCUGUUUUCUGUGCUGUGUAUAUUUCUCCCUUAAUCAUGUUGGGAACAGUUUGUUUCCAGCUAAAUGUGCAUUAACUAUUAAGACCAUAAGCCCUCUCACUUCAGCUCAUGACAUGACCAGAUAGACACGAUGCCUUAUUAGGAAAAUCGUAUUUAUUGCACAAGGUUUCACACCUGUUCUGUAUAACUGUAUCUUACGAUGACAAGGUCAUGGAGGCCUGAAUGAGAAUAUCCAAAUUC